CUCUAAAUCGUUUAAAAAACUACCAAUAAUCCUAAUUAAAGUGCACACGCCCAAUUAAAUUCAAAGUACCAUUAAAACCCAAUUGGUGUGAGAAUAAGCCGAAUUGAGGCGCAGGAGCCCCAAUUGGGCUUAUUCCCGCCUCAAUUGGUCUCUCUCCUUGUCGUUGAAUGCGAUGAAAGAAGGUGGAGCUACAUGUGGUGGCAUGCUAUGCAUGGAUAGAGGCUUGGUGCCUUUAGUUUGUUCUGCCUUAGGUUUGUUAUUUAUUUUUAUAUAUUUUUUGACAGUGUUAUUUAUUUAUUUAUAUACAAAGAGUGAGAAGGAGAAGGAUGGUAAAGCUCCGGUGGAUGGGUUUUUGGCCCCGCUUCACUGAUUUGGAUAGAUGGGGUUCAUAGUGUUAGAAGCCCAAUUGUUAUUGUUGGGGAUGUGAUUCGGAAAUACCUAAGGAUGAUCGCGCCAAAGACGACCGCAUCAUGAAGCCGGCGCGCGAGUACGGAGAAUGGCCUGGAAAGCUCGCGCGUAAACCCCAAACGGCCCUCAACGAGAAGUGUAAUAGCGGCGCCGCGUCACCCGAAGGGUAGUCACCAUCAUAGUCCUAGGUAUAGUCAUGGCUAAGGGUCUUGUCGUCCCUAGGGAUAUGGUAUUGGUCCAUGACGUGUCAGAGGUCAUGUCACCCUGCCAUGGUAGUCACAUCAUUGUACCGUUGUGUACUUCACCCACCACCAUGUAGCCUAUAAAUAUGGCAUUUACUCCGGUGGGUGAGGAGAUCGGAUUUUGGAGACUCUAUCUCUAAGAUCAUCACUUUAUCUCACUAAAAUAGAGACUCUCAACUCUUUCUUUCCUCUCAUUUGUCUCAUAGUUCUUGUUCGACCAAGCCGUUCAUUCUUCUUGACCCAUUACAGUGAACCUCACUCCUACACUCAGUUAGGUUCAAACAAUUGGCGCCCACCGUGGGGCCUGAGGAAAAAAUGGCAGAACAAAACUCCAACAUACCCAGCGAGGUAACCCCCAUCAAGGCGAUGACGGAUCCUAGGGUGUUCGCGGGACUCGCGGAAGCCAGCAACCGCGACGCGGUACUCAUUGAGGAAGAAGAGCCCGAACUGACAGCCAAAGAGAUGAGGCAACAGAUGGCUAAGCAAAACGACGUCAUCGCCAGUAUGCAAAAACAGAUGAGCCAAGUUAUGGCGCUCAUGAUGAGCAGAGAAGCUGCGGCAGCGCCGAGUGCGCCGCCUGACGCGUUACAGCUAACGCAAGGAGGAACAUCAGGCCACGUCACGCCACCUCAUCAGACAGUGGUCGAGUUGGCCGCUCCUGAAACUCAGCGCUACGAGCCACCAGGAAGAGCGGACCUCAGCUUCUUGGAGCAACACCUGUCCCCACAGUUCCGCCCCAAUCCGCCCAAAAAGGCCUUACAUCAACCAUUAUGCGCGGAGAUCAUGGCGGAACACCUGAGUGGGGCACCACCCACCCUCCCCACAUACAAUGGCACCACCGAUCCUGAAGACCAUGUUAGCACUUUCUGCCUACGGAUGCAACUUCAAACCAACUCCAACGCGGCACUAUGCCGCACGUUCCCAUCAACGUUCUCCGGGAUAUGCCUCGACUGGUAUAACCGCCUCCCAAACGGAAUCAUCCGCUCCUUCGAAGAGUUCAUACUUCUGUUCACAACCAAGUUCGCGUCACAAAAAAGGAGACCUCUCCACCUCAAGGCGCUUAUAGACAUCCGCCAGAAGGAUGGAGAGAGCUUGCAGGCGUUCUACGCCAGGUGGUCCAGAGUGGCAAUGGCUGUAAGGGAUCUCACCCCGGAAACCGCCGCCCACCACCUCAUGGACGCCACUACUAGCAUGGAGCUCAAGAGAGCGCUAGCAAAGAGACCAAUUACACUGUCUACUGAGCUGGAAGUCAAAGUUGAAAAAGCCAUCACUUUGGAAAAAACGCUAGGCGCGGGUUCCAUCCGACGUUUUGAACCAGCCAAAAUGCAAAAAGAAGAGCAAGCUCGUAGGCAACUCCCCGUGCCGCGGGAUCAGCUGUUGCAAGCGCACAGCGGCGCCAGACGCCCACCACCUCCUCCAGAACAAGCCCAUCGAGGACGAUCACCAGAGAGGCGCCCAUCAAACUAUACUCCCCUCAACGACACGGUCAAGAACAUCUACCACGUUCUACGAGAGAAGGGGUACAAGAUCAACUGGCCCGCCCCCAUGAAGACACUCCCACACAUGCGCGAUCCCAAGAAGCACUGUGAAUUCCACAGAGACACGGGGCACUGGACAGAAAACUGCAGAGAAUUGCACUACGAGAUCGAGGGCCUCAUACAAAGGGGACUGCUGAGCGAGUUCAUUCGCGGAGCGGAAGAACCGGCGGAGCGCCCUGUGGAACCCCCACCACCACCACAGGCGGACUAUGACGACGCCUCGGGCUCGUACGUAGUACGAAAGGAAAUAGGGGUGGUAACCGUAGAAGGAGACCGCCCGAAGAAAAAAACCAAACGCGACCGCGCUAUAGAGUGCGCGGCAGCAGUAGCUACGCAGAAGUGCAACCUGAGCUUUGACGACGCUGAACUCCCCGGAGGGGUCCCUUCGGAGGACCCACUCAUCAUCACCGCGCUCGUCGCCGCCUGCAAUGUUCGCCGCCUACUGAUUGACGGGGGCAGCGCGGCGGACAUCCUUUUCAAAAGCACGGUCGACCAGAUGGACAUCGACCCGCGGCUAAUCAAGCCCGCAUACGGGAACUUGGUCGGCUUUUCCGGCACCAGGGUCCCAGUUAUCGGAGUAGUCACCCUUCCAGUCGUGCUGGGGGACCAAGAGCCACGCGUCUCGAAGCAAGUCGAAUUCACGAUAGUCGACUGCAAGUCCCCCCACAAUGGAAUUUUUGGCCGCCCGCUCUUGGCAAAAUUCAUGGCUCUCCCGUCAACAUGUCACCAGAAACUCAAAUUCCCAACCAAGGAGGGGAGCGGAGAAGCGUGCGGGACAGCGUGGGAGCCAACAAAGACAGGAGAAAUCCGCCAGACCAACAUCGUUGACACAAGGGCGGAAGAACCUCGCCCGGAAUCAAUGGAUUCUGACUUCGAGGUCGCCCUUGAUCCGAGCGAGCCAACCCAUAAGGUGCGCGUUUCAACUCACGUCCCCGGAGACGCGAUUGAACCGCUAAUAAAACUGCUAAAGGAGUAUAAGGAAUUGUUCGCAUGGUGCACGGAAGACAUGUCGGGCGUACCAAGAGAUGUCGCCCAACAUUCCCUUGGUGUCCCAGUGAGCGCGACGCCAAGACAACAGGCGCGGCGGAGCUUUACGGGAGAUAAACUUAAGGCCAUUGAGGAAGAAGUGGCGCGCCUGUUGUCAGCGGGAUUAAUCCGUCCAGUGAAAUACCCGAAGUGGCUGGCGAAUGUGGUGUUGGUAAAAAAGUCUUCGGGAGCUUGGCGAAUGUGCGUCGACUACACGACGAUCAACAAGGUGUGCCCAGGGGACCCGUACCCGCUGCCGCGCAUCGACCAACUGAUAGACGCCACAGCCGACCAUGAAACACUGUCCUUCCUGGACAUGUUCUCGGGAUACCACCAAAUCCCAAUGUCGCGCGAAGACGAAGAGAAAACAGCCUUCAUGACGCCGUUCGGAAACUUCUGUUUUGUCGGAAUGCCAUUUGGGCUGAAGAAUGCAGGCGCGACAUACCAGAGGAUGAUCGACACAGUGUUCGCGCAGCAAAGGGGACGCAAUAUCGAGGCAUACGUGGAUGACCUCAUCGUCAAAACCAAAGCAGGGAAGUCACAUCUAGAUGACUUGCGCGAGACAUUCGAAAGCGCUCCGCAAACACAGUCUCCGCUUGAACCCGCUGAAAUGCGUGUUCGGAGCGGAAGCCGGAAAAUUCUUGGGAUUCAUGAUCACCAAGCGCGGCAUCGAAGUCGACCCAAAGCAAAUCACCGCAGUCCAAGGCUUGCGCGCGCCAAGAAACACAUUGGAGAUUCAGUCCCUGAACGGGAAAAUUGCGGCGCUAGGAAGGUUCAUCCCAAGGUCAGCUGACAAGUGCGCCCCAUUCUUCAAGACACUGAAAAACGGCGCGCGAUUUGCAUGGACCAAGGAAUGCGAAGCGGCCUUCCUAGAACUCAAAGCCUAUCUUGUUUCCCCCCUGUAUUGACUACCCCAAAAGUUAAUGAAGAACUUUUUCUGUA